GAAGCUCAGGCAGCAAAAGAACCCGACCAUUGAACCGCGAGGCAGAAGACGAUCGCGCUCUAGUAACAGCGUAUUAAACGAGGCCUGUGGCACCAGCGAAAUGGCAGUAGCUCGGAGGGCAAUUGCCAGACGAGAACUUCACUGGCAGAGGUGGAAAUCGUCUACUCUCACCCUACUGAUCAUGGCCUUACCACCAAUAAAGUUAACGCCAUGCCACUUUAGCAAGACCGCAUUAUCACAAACUCACACGGCUCCUACUCGCCUCCUUUGGUCAAAUAUAUACUUCCUUCUGGGAGUACAUAGUAUUGCAGGUCAACCUGUUUGGGAAUGUAGGACCCGUCUCGGAGUCCAGUCAGCGUGUCAAUCACGAACAUUGCAGACGUUUACACGAAGCAUUCGUGUGGAACCGUCGUUAAGUCACCUUGAUGGUUGUGAGUGGCAUCAGCUUGCAGAGGAUAGUUCGAACCCUAGAGGCAGUACUAAUCGAUGUUAGUACUAGCCACUGAACUCAAACUAGACAUGGUGCAACCCACACGUACAGUAUCACUUCGUGACUGCAGUCUUCCCACCGAAUGACAGUGAUGCGUACGUACGCCGUGUUGAGACGUGUGAAGGCCAGGCCGCCCGCUGUAGCGGUCAU